AUGGCCUACGCCACAUCCUCCAUGCCCCCUCGCCCUGUGAAGACGCUGAAGAAGCAGUGGCUGGAAGCACUGGCUGUCAUGCACUAUGUGCUUGCUAUCGUGGCCCUAGUCCCUUUCUCCAUUGUUCUUCUCCUCUUCCUCCUCUUCACACGGCUCUGGCCUCUGUCUGUCCUCUACAUGCUGUGGAUCUACCUGGACCGGGACACACCCAGCCAAGGGGGAAGGCGAUUUGUGUGGCCAAGGACCUGGGCCAUCUGGAAACACCAAAGGGAUUACUUUCCUAUCAAGCUGGUGAAGACAGCAGAGCUGCCCCCCAGCCAGAACUACGUGCUGGGAUCCCACCCCCACGGGGUCAUGUGCACCGGAGCGUUCUGUAACUUCACCACCGAGUGCAAUGACUUCUCCCGGCUCUUCCCGGGGCUGCAGCCCUGGCUAGCCACACUGACCAGUGUCUACUACAUCCCAAUCUUCCGGGACUACAUCAUGGCUGCUGGACUGCGUCCCGUGAGCCGCCAGAGCCUGGACUUUGUCCUCUCUCAGCCCCAGCGGGGCCAGGCAGUGGUCAUCAUGAUUGGAGGAGGCAAGGAACUCUUAACCACGGCCCCAGGACGGCACUUAGCCAAGCUCCAUGAUCGCAAAGGCUUCGUGCGCCUGGCACUGAGAUAUGGGGCCUCCCUGGUACCUGUGUACUCCUUUGGGGAGAAUGACAUCUUCAAAACUAAGGCUUUUAUCGAAGGCUCCUGGCAGCACCUGUGCCAGUCCCUCUACCAUGAGAUCACUGGUUUGCCUUUCUACGUCUUCUGGGGCCGUGGUCUCUUCUCGCCCAACUCCUGGGGUCUGCUGCCCCUGCCCGUGCCCAUCACCACCGUGGUGGGCAGCCCCAUCCCCGUGCCCCAGUGCAGCAAUGCCAGCGAGGAGCAAGUUGACCACUACCACAGGCUCUACAUGGACGCCCUGGAGCGGCUGUUUGAGGAGCACAAGGAGAGCUGCGGGGUCCCUGCCUCUACCCGCCUCACCUUCUUCUAG